AUGGACUAUAGGAAUAAUGUUACUGAAUUUAUUCUCUUGGGAUUGUCUAAGAGUAAGCAAGUCCAGAUCCUCUGCUUUCUAUUUUUCUUACUUUGCUACCUGGUGAUUUGGCUGGGGAAUGUGGUUAUCAUGGUUUCCAUCACCUGCAGUCAGCUUAUGGGCCAGCCCAUGUACCUCUUCCUGAAUUACCUGGCAUUCUCAGACUUGUUCUACACCUCCACCGUGACACCCAAGCUCAUGGCUGACUUACUGGCAGAGAGGAAGGUCAUCUCCUAUGCAAACUGCAUGGCCCAGCUUUUCACCACCCACUUCUUUGGGGGAGUGGAGGUGUUUGUCCUCGCAGGAAUGGCCUAUGACCGCUACGUGGCCAUCUGCAAACCACUCCACUACGCCAUCAUCAUGAACAAGCAGAGGUGUAACUUGAUUCUCAUAGCCUCGUGUGCAGGAGGACUUGUGCAUUCUCUGGGCCUCUUUCUUCUUACCAUAUUUUUACCUUUCUGUGGCCCCAAUGAAAUAGACCACUAUUUCUGUGAUGUCUAUCCUUUGCUGAAACUGGCUUGCACUGAAACAGACAAGAUUGGUUUCCUAGUAGUUGCUAAUUGUGGCCUGAUGGCACUGGGGAUCUUCAUAGUCUUGAUGGCUUCCUACUUUAUGAUAUUGUAUCAUGUGAGACUGUACUCUGCAGAAAGCCGGCACAAGGCACUUUCCACAUGCAGUUCCCACGUUACUGUGGUCAUCCUGUUUUUUGCCCCUAUCUUCAUUGUUUAUGUUAGACCUGCCACGACUCUGCCAGAGGACAAAGUGUUCACACUGUUCUACACAAUUAUUGUCCCCAUGCUGAACCCUCUUAUCUACACACUUAGGAACAUGGAGAUGAAAAAGGCCAUAAGGAAAGUGUGGUGCAAUAAAAUGAUUGUGGAUAGGAAACUCCUGAUUUAA